AUGGAGGGAAUGAACCAUGGAGGGCAUGGGCAUGGGCGUGGGCAUGGAGCUACCCGACCGCCGCAGCCAUCCGCGCUGGCCUUCCCCGGCAUCGACAUCGAUUCGCACAUGAGUUCCGACGACUUCUCCUUCGGCUCCCCCUUCAGCCCCGCCAACUCCAACGCCCAGGACGGCAUGCUUUCGGACUCCAUUUUCCCCGAGUGGAAGACCGGUGCCCCGCGUGGUGGCGACAGUCCCGAGGAGUUGCAGAAGAAUGAUCCACUAGCUGCUCAGAUCUGGAGGCUCUACACUCGAACCAAAUCGCAGUUGCCGAACCAGGAGCGCAUGGAGAAUCUGACAUGGCGCAUGAUGGCUAUGAGUCUAAAACGCAAGGAACGUGAGCAGGCUCGGACGUCCCAAGCCCAGGUCGACACCAUCAGUCCCACCCCGAGCGGCAUCGCGCAGCUGCGGCUGUCGGACCAGGCGUCGACCAACUCCCCCGGAAUCAACUCGAACAUGAACCUCGAGGCGACGCCCGACCCGAUGAACCUGGAUGACUUCAUCGUCCCCUUCGACUCCCCUGUGGAGUAUGCCUCACACCCCGCCGCCGACCGUCACUUCACUGCGACCCCGACUGUCUCGAUCCCCAUUAAAGCGCGCAAGGACCAUCCCAUGAACGACUCGGCCGCCGCCGCGUCAUUCCCACAUCCGCCGCAGGAUCAGCGCAAGAACAGCGAGUUCGGGUACGUGGCCCGUCGAGUGCGCAAGACCAGUGUCGAUGAGCGCCAGUUUUUCGCGGGUCUGACCGUGCCGACUCGCAAGCGACCUGCCGACUCGUCGCCUCAGGUGCCGCCCGUGUCCAACGCCAUGCUGGCGCAACAUUCCGAACUGUCCGCUGCGCUCCCAGAUUACUCGUUGGAUCACCCCCCAACCGCCUUUGCGAUGCCCGGUAACGGUACGCUAGGUGGACGUCGCCCACAACAUCACCACACCUGCAGCAUUCCUUUCAGCCUGGAUACCUUUGGUGUGAAUGAAGAGCAAAACAUCCACUCCGCGGGGCCCUACCAGCAGCACUUUACUUUCUCUCCCUCCGACUCUCCUCUGACUGCUGGCAACCCAUUUUCCAAUCUGUAUGCGCAGACACCACUGGCAUCGUCCCUCAACUCGACCGAGUUCUUCUCUCCGCCACCAUCCGGCUACCAGUCGACUGUGUCGACUCCCCAACCCAUCUACGAAGGAGAGCAGUCCAUGUUCUUCAACGAUGUGCCGUCUGGAGAAUCUCAGACCCAGCGCCGCAUCCCCAACUACAUCCAGCAACGGACAUCCAACCUGUCGGCGUCGCUCCAGCCACGCCACAUGUUUAACACGUCCAACGGCGAGUUUCCAUCUGCCAGUGCUGUCACAGGCCCGCCCACGACGAUGCACCAAUCCGGGUUCUCGGUUCCACCACCGCAGCAUGUGGACCCCUCGCAAGUUCUUGGUCCCGGCGAGUUUUCUUCAACCGCGCCGACUAACAGUAUGUUCACAUUCGGUGGCGACUCCGAUAACGAGGAGGAGGAUAGCACUGCCUUUGAACGUGGGGCGAUGGCCAUGUCCCAUGACUUCCACUCCAUGGACGACGGGGAUAUGCAUGCGGGUCUCGCCUGGGAUACCGGCUUCCAUGGGUCUGUCCAAUCACUGCCUGGCUUCAAUGGCCAGCAUCGCAAGCAUGUCACUAUCGGCUCAACGGACAUGAUGGAUGGUCCUCCUGACUGGCAGCACGCCGGGAGUCUGGGUCGUGGGCAUGGUGCGGCCGCCUCUGUCAGCGAGGUGCGCAAUCGAGAGCAGGAUCCUCGGCGUCAGAAGAUCGCUCGCACUACCUCGACCCCGAAUGCCCCUGGCCUGCUGCGCCAGAGCAUGAAUGGAAUAGCCAGUGGCCCGCCCACCAACCAUCCAUCCCCCAACACGCCUCCCGAAUCUGGUCUCAGCAGUGCCGUGCCAUCACGUCCCACUAGUCCUGGCGGAUCCAAAAAUGGUGACCCCAAUGCCGGACCGACGACCUGCACCAACUGCUUCACUCAGACUACUCCCUUGUGGCGCCGCAACCCUGAGGGUCAGCCGCUGUGCAAUGCGUGUGGCCUGUUCCUGAAGCUUCACGGAGUUGUCCGCCCACUGUCACUCAAGACCGACGUCAUCAAGAAGCGCAAUCGCAGCAGCGCUAACAGUCUGGCUGUCGGCACAUCCCGCUCCUCCAAAAAGUCCUCCCGCAAAAACUCAAUCCCGCAUACGCCUUCCACCGGCAUUGCCUCGGCCCGUGCUGGGGUGCAGGUGGCUCCCAGGCGGCCGCGGCGUCUGGAGAAGGCUCCGGUCGGAUCCGACCCGGACACGGACGACAGCCCCAAGACCAGCAGCAUAUCCGCUGGCCGGUCCAAGGUGGUGCCCCUGGCGCCCGCCAUGCCACCUGCAGCCGCAAACCCAGCCAACCACAGUAUCGCAGGUGGCCAGGGUGCGAGCCAGGAGUGGGAGUGGCUGACGAUGAGUCUGUGA